ACGUCCUUUCUCUGUUGUAGUGAUACGACGACAACAAAAACAACAACACCGACGACCGCGAUACCGUCGUGUGUUCGUUGUCGUUAAAAACGACAUUAUCCGAUUAUAUUCGUUUCGCCGUUUCGCGGCGUCGACACGAUCGUCGCCGCCGCCGCCGCCGUCGUCGUCGUCGUCAAUCCGCAGGGUCGUCCGUCCUACUGGGCAGCCCUUUGCGCGCGCACGUGUGCGUGCGCGCUGUGAUCGCCGUCGCCGCCGCUUCCGACUCGACGUGUGUGCUCCUCUCGUCACGGCGGCGCUCGUCGUCACACACGGACACCGAACGUCGACGUUCGGACGUGCGCGUUAUUCGUCGCCGCCGCCGUCGUCGUCGUCGACGUCCCUGUCCCGACGGUAUAGCCGGUGGUCACUGUUGGUCCCGUCGCCGACUGCUGCGGAAAUCCUCGUCACACCGCUCGACCACUUUUAAGCACCGAUGGCCGUGCGCGCCCCAGCCAAAAAUGACUGUAGCUGCGAGCAGACUAGCUUACAUUUACAUGCUGAAAUUGAAAAUUUAAAACAAAAACUAUUAGAAAGAGAAAAUCACAUUGUCAACAUGGAGACUAAUUUUCUCUGUGAAGCUGAAAAAUUUCCUCAUGGCGAGUAUGCUGCACUAACAGAUGAAAUAUUAAUAUGGCAGGACAAAUAUUCUAGAUUAUUGGAAUCACAUAAAAGAGUUCAACGUGUCAACCAAAGUCUUGAGGAUAAAUUAUUGUUACUUGUUGAUAAAACUGAAUCAGAAAAGAAUAUAUUAAACUCAGAAAUUACAAUAAUAUCUCAAAAACUGGUUGACCAACAACUUCAAGUGAACCAACUGAAUGAUGAAAAUGAGAGGUAUAAAAAUGAUCUAAAUAUUGCUAUCCAACUACUUCAAUGUAAGCCAUCCCAUUUUGUUUCUCAAAAGUAUGAUAACCUGCCAAGUGAAAUACAGUCCAAAGUUCGAAGUUAUAUUUUUAGCAAACAACGAAGAUUGUCAGAUGGCAAUGGUAACAUAGCACAAAAAUCAGAAGGAAAAACUAUAAAAGUACCUAUUCCUACAUUUCCUCCAACAGCAAUGGUUUAUUCAUUGAGUAAUGAUAAAGAUACAAAGUCAUCAAAAGACUCUGAAGAAGGUUCAACACCACCUGUAAGCAGUGUUUCAGCAGCAAUCCUGGCAAAAGUAUUAGAAGAAAGAGUCAAAGAGCGGUUAACUCAACGGCACUGUUCUACAUGUUCAUGUUCUAACAAAAGUAACGACCUUAAUACAGACCAACAAGAAUGUCAUUCACCCCAUACUGAUUCCUCUGAUAAACGAGUUCGCUCCUUCACUAAAUAUAGUAAACAACCAAUGACUACUAAAAGUUCAGAAUCUCUAAUAUCAGAACCAGAAUUGUCAUCAUAUUUUGAAAACUCUGUAUCUUUAACAGAUUCCUCUGAUAGUAGUGGACUAAAAUUAUCAGCUCGGUCUAGAUUAUGUUCAGUACGCUUACAAGAAGGAAGUAAUAAUAUAUUGUUAGAUAAUGCUGCAACACCAUAUACAGGUCCUGUACUUUAUAAAAGUCGUUCUUCUAGCGGUGAGUACGACGAACCUUUGGUGCACUCACAAAAAUUGGUUGACCGUAACAUCCAUGCAAAUGAACACACACGCAUAUUGAUUUCAGAUGAAGAAAUUAUUUAAAAAAAUUAAACAUUUGGUAAAAAUAUGAGUGAAUGUGAUUUGUUUGACAAUAAUUAUAUUAGGUGAUAAAAAAAUUAAAUAUAUAUUAACCGACGUAUAAAUAUUAAUUAUAUCUAAUAUUAUAUUAUUUAUUAUAUAUUAUGUUAUAUUUAUUAUGACUACUAUAUAAUAAUUUAAAUAAUUAUAAUGUAUCAUUAUUUAGCGUGAAUUUUUUUUUUUUGUAAGCUAUCGCUAUGACAUUUUAAAUUUCCCAAUACCAUAUUAUAUUAUAAUGAAUUUAUUUACCAACAGAAUACUUAAAUUGUUCAACUAUUCAUAUAAUGAAUUAAUCAUGAAAUUAUAAUUUUAAAGUUAUUUUUCUAUGUCAAUAAAUAAAUAAAAUAACAAUUAUAAUAUGUUCUUCAGUAUAGGGUAAUUCAAAAAGCAUACUAACCCCUAUUUUUUCCUUUAAAAAUGGCUAUUAAAAAUCUGUUUUUUGGAAUUUUUAAAGAAAAUAUUUUCUAAUCUUGAGAUUUUCUUGUAAUAUUUUACUAGUGCCCUAUGAAAUUAUUUUUGAAUGAUAAUCAUAUUUUCCUAUUGAAAAUUAUUUAUUGAGUAUUUUUUUGGUGUAAAAAUAAAAAUUUGAAAAGUAGUUUUUAAAUUUUUCUACUUUGUAUACUAAGUAUAAUGAUCUCUAAAUAAUUUACAUAUUAUAAUUACAAUUAACCACAAUUUAUAUCUUCACAGAGCAUUCUUCUAGUAAAUAUAUCAAAUCUUAAGAAAUUUAUAAAAUAAAUAUGUUAAAAUAUUUACAAAUAUUAGAAUUAAAAUAAAUUCAUUGUUAAAAAAAUAAUCAAAAAUGAGGAUGUUUCUAUGAUAUGAUUGUUAUUUACCUCUAACAGAUGAUUUUACCCAUAAGUUAAUUAAUUUUUAUUUCUAUUAACUUAUUUCACGCUGAAUGAUGAUAAUUCAAUACUUUAAAAUUAAGAUCAGACCACAUAUUUUCACUCAUGUCGUCUUAACUAUUAUACCAAUUUAUGUCAACUGGAAAAAAAUUAUAAAAUUAUAUCCACAAUAUUAUAAUUAUAAUAAUUUUGAUCAACGUAUAAAAUAACUAUUAUAACGCUGGAGAAUUGAUUUACAGGUACUGACCAGACUGCAUUAUUGUAUUUUAAAAAUAUUGGUUUGAUUAUACUAAAGAUAAUAAUAAAACCAAAAAUUACUAUUUUACUCUAUAUUUUAUUUAUUUAGAACAUAUAAUAUAUUAUAAUAUGUAAUGUAAUUUUUAUAAAUGACAUUAAAGUGAUUCAUUUACAAAGUAUAAGACAAAUUGUGUUAUAUUUAUUUCUAUAUAAGAAAUUAAGUCAUAAUACUUAAGACAAAAAAGUGUUAAAAAUAUUUUAGUUAUUUAAAUUAUUACUCAUUUUUGUUUUAUUUACAUUUGUUUUUAUUGUUUUCAUUUAUAUUGCUAUGGGUGUUAUUUAUAUUUAUAUUUUUAUUAUUUUUUUUUUCAUUUAUAAUUUAUACUAUUGUUCUGUUAUGUUUGUGUAAUAUUUUCUAGCCAUUAAUAUAUCACAAUUCAAAUUUACAUUAUUUCACUGGGUUCAAUAACAUUCAUAAAUUAAGAUUUUAACACUCGUCAACUUGCUUUUAUGUUUUUUCUGUGGUAUUUUAUUAUUUUAAUGUAUUCAAGCAGUAAACAAUAAUAUCUUAAUUAAAACAAAAAAAACUAACAAUAUGUUAAUUGAACUUACAGUUUUUAUUAUUUUCCUUCAUUACAAAAAUAAGAUAUUUAAUAAUUAAUAUUUUACUCAUUAGUGAUGUAUUGAACUCUUAAUUUUAUCAAAAUCAAAUUUAAUUGAGCCUUAAAAUUGUAUACUGCAAUACAUAGUUUAAACGUUCGUUAGUUUAAACGAAAGUAAAGUAAACACUAACACAAGACAAUAUUUGAAAUGUUCUUGAAUAUUUAUAGUAAAGGUCAAAAGUAUAUUUGAAACUGUUAUAUUUACAUAUUGAGUACUAUUAUAAUAACACUCCAUUCAAAAUUUAGAAUGAGUUAGAUUAUUUGAUUACUUACUGUAUAUUAUAUACCAAAGUAAAACAAAAAAAACUGUCAAGUAAGUUUAAGUAAUCACUGUUAGUCUGUUAUAAAAUUGAUUAUCUAUUAGUGUACCUCAUCAUUGAGUAAGUUACUGAAAUGCAAGUGUUGAAUUCAAAUUCAAAUAAAUAAAUAAAACAUUGUACAAUAUAAAUAA